UGCUGCAUACUUGAUCAUCCGAGGCAUGAAGACACUGCAUCUUCGUGUACAGCAACAGAGCACUACAGCGUCAAGGAUGGCCGAAGUUUUAGAGGCACAUCCUAAGGUGGAGCGCGUCUAUUAUCCUGGCUUGUCAAGUCAUCCUGAACACGAACUUGCCAAGAGGCAAAUGACUGGUUUUGGUGGUGUCGUCAGUUUUGAGAUUAAAGGCGACUUAGAUACCACCAUAAAGUUUGUUGAUUCACUGAAGAUCCCAUACAUUGCCCCAUCUUUUGGUGGCUGUGAGAGCAUUGUGGAUCAGCCAGCAAUUAUGUCUUACUGGUAUUUUCCUUGAGCUUUCAUUACAAUCAGUGGAAUUUUUAGGGCCUGCUUGGUAUAUGGGUCCAAAUCAGAGUUCUUCAUUAUGACUUUGAAACUCAAUUUUUUGUGAGAGAAAAACACUGUAGCAAAAUUAAAACCAUGGGUUUGCACUGUAGGAGAAUCCAUAUACCAAACAUACACUUAAUUGUUGAUGAUUGGUUCUACUGUGACUGCAAUUCAUACACUUUUUUUUUCUUUUUUCUUUUUUUUAAAAGGCUGGCAAAUAUAAUUGUGAUUUGACCCCAGUUGCCUUUGCCUUAGAAGACACGGUGACAAAUCUUUGAUUACCCCUUUAUGCACAAGUUGAAAUUAGUUUU